AUGCAACUACGUCAACAACAACAACUACAAAAACAACAACUAUACCAACAACAAGUACAAGAAACACAAAGACAGCAACAACAUCAAAGAGUUCAACAAGAACAUCUAUUUUUUCAAAUUCAACAACAACAUCUACAACAACUACAACAACUACAACAACAAAAGCUACAAAGACUACAACAACUAAAACAACAACAUUUUUUUUGGAGAUUCUUUUAA